AUGGAUCUAUCGCGAAUUACCUUGCGGCCUUUCAAGCAAUCGGACGCCCAGGAUAUGCUAUCGUGGGCGGGCGACGAUCGGGUGACGGAGGCCGACAGACUGAAGACGUUGAAAUCGAAAGAGGAGGCCUUGGCUUUCAUCGAACGAAACAGCACACCUCAUCUUUGGAUGCGAUCGAUAUGCGUCGACGACCGUUCGUUCGGUUUGCUGACGGUGUACGUGGGGUCCGGCGACGAGAGGUGUCGAGGAGAUAUCGGGUACGCGUUAGCGGUGGAGUAUUGGGGAAAAGGGAUCACUACUAGAGCAGUCGAAAUGGCGGUCCCGAAGGUGUUUGAAGAAUUUCCUCAGAUACUUCGGUUGCAGGCGAUGACUAACGUUAAUAAUAAGGGCUCGCGUAGAGUGCUCGAGAAAGCUGGGUUUACGAAGGAUGCUUUGAUGAGGAAGCACUAUUAUCUGAAAGGGGAGAUUCAAGAUGUGGUUGUUUACAGUAUCUUGGCUCCUGAUUCUGAUUAAAGAUGAUAAGUUUUUUCGUUUUCAUAUGUAAUUGUGGUUUCUAUUCAGGUGGUGUUUGCAAAUGCUGAUUACGAGCAUUUUUUCUCGCUUUA